CACGCUGUCGUUACGGGUCGUCCUGUCGACAGUCCACUUCGUUUGCUCCUUGAAAGCUGUGCACGUUGCGGAAGCGACGGUAUCGCUCCUUACUUCACGGAACGCUCUUGGCCCAUACCACAAAAAAACAGGCCCGCUAAAACAAAGCAGGGAGACACCGUGGUACAACAAUAACCAGCGAAGACCAAGCCAAGGCCAAGUGUGUGCUAGGGCUCAGGACAAGUCUGCCGGCGGCAAGUGCGUUUCAAAUUUUUUUGAGAUAUGCCCCGGGGUGCUGGGAGGGCGCGCGAGUACCAAGUUCAAGACCGGCCGAAACGAGCACCACGUUGAGUGUUCCUCGCUCCUCUGGGUGAACGCAAUUGUGCGCGUGAGAAUUAUAGUGUGGACGACGGAAAAUCCGCCAGUGUCCGUGCAGCGUAUAACGUCUCAUCUUCUCCAUCCCGCGGUGGGGCAAAUGUGAACGCAACUAAAAAGUCAACAGUGAUAAAAAGUGAAAGCGGAAACGGAAACGGAAACAGAAAGGCAGAGCGCCAAGGAACGAAGAACUGGCAGCGGCAGUGACAACUGUGAAAUGUGCGGCUGCAUUGUCGUUUUGUUAGCACUUUGACCCAGAUCGCAUCGCAUCCGAGGUGUGCGGCUUAUGUCUGGCAGUGGCCCAUGCAACGGCGUGGCAUGCAUGACCGAUAAGCCAGUUGUUGUCAGUGCCAAGUGAAAAUCGCGGGUGCCGGCGGUCUGAUAAAUACAUAGGGCAUAAGCCAACUCAGAUCAACUCCGUCAUCUGUUCUUUGAAGGGAAUUCUCGUUGGUCGCUCCUUGCAUGUAACGACCCUUUCUGACUGAUUGGAAGCUCGCUGAGCACCACGCUGAGAAAGAAAAGCCAAUGGAGGACCGGAAAAGCGGAAGCGGAGACCGGAAAGCGGGAAAACAAGAGUCCUCAAUGGACAUUACGUUGGAAGCGAUUCAUCAUUGCCACAACGCUACACCAUUGUUCAUGGCAACGCGAACAGCCACUAUAGCAAAUUGAAUGUAAUUUCAUAAAAAGCGGGUGUUAAUUUUUUGCCAGCCACACAAUACAAGAUAGAUACAGCCAGACGAGGCUUAAUGUGCUAACACGCAUUGACAUGAAAAAUGAUGGAGACCUCGUGUGAAGCUCCCUAGAGAAGAAAAGCCUAAAGAAAGAGCGCUCUGCGCCCAACGAAUUGCAUACGGCAGUAUAAGGCGCCCGUGAAGCGGGGAGGGCGCAUUGUGUUGCACAGGACAACAGGCGGGCGAAGGACAUUAGACAGCAGACAACGCAUUGACAGGCGACAGCGGAAAGGAAAAAAGUGCUCACAUUGGACCAGCUUCAUUUAUCAGCGGCGCAUCGCAUCUAACAAGGACCUAGCAUCUGGAAACUGGCAACUGGCAACUAGGAACUAGCAACCCCAGACAACAACAACAAUAACAACAGUUUUUCCUUGCUGGCCCAGUGAGGCGUAUAUGGGCCGGAGAUGCCGACAUUGUUGCACGUUCAUUCAAAAAGCCAUUAACCCUAAUAAGCAGCCACAACAACGAGUCGAACAAUUCCACUGCCGCCCAUCGAUGUGCCCCAUCAAUUCAGGGAUUUAAGCUCUAGGCGGUACAGCGGCCAUAGGCGUAGACGGUGGGAGUAGUCGCAAAGUCGGAUCGGAAAGGAAGAGAAAGAAGCCAAAGGAACCGUCAAUGGUGCUGCCACGACUGCUGCUGCCCUUGCGGCGACCCAUGCACCUCAUGGAGCUGCGCAUCCUGCUGCUGUGUCUGCCGACCCUGCUUCUUGCCACGACUCUCGAGCCAGAUCAAAAGUCAAUACUAACAGAUAACGACUGGAAGAAGCUAUGGAUGCGCGGCGGAGUGGGGGCAGACUCAAAAUUGGAUAAUAAUCUUGACUCAAGUGACAGUCCAAUGUUCGAGGAUAGCGAGCUGAUGGCGCACAACACAACCGUCCAGUUGGGUGGCACCGCCUUCCUGGUCUGCAAGGUCUCCGGCGUGGACAGAGUGGGUGUAAAUUGGAAUCAAAUUUCUUGGAUCCGCCGCCGGGACUGGCACAUCCUGUCGUCGGGGGCCCAACUCUACACCAACGACGAGCGCUUCGCGAUACUGCACACGCCCGGAUCCAACAUGUGGACCUUGCAGAUAAAGUUUGUGCAGCGCCGGGAUCACGGCAUGUACGAGUGCCAGGUUUCGACCCCGACUGGAAUCAUUUCGCACUUUGUGAAUCUUCAAGUGGUUGUGCCGGAGGCCUUCAUUCUGGGCUCUGGCGAGCUGCAUGUCGACAUGGGCUCAACAAUCAAUUUGGUUUGCAUUAUUGAAAAGAGCCCCACACCACCCCAGUACGUGUACUGGCAGAAGAACGACCGUCUGAUCAACUACGUUGACUCCCGACGAGACAUCACCAUUGAGACGACACCCGGGCCCCGAACGCAGAGCCGUCUGAUCAUCCGGGAGCCACAGAUCACCGAUUCUGGAAACUACACCUGUUCGGCCAGUAACACGGAGCCGGCCAGCAUUUACGUCUUUGUCUCAAAAGGCGACAAUAUGGCGGCUAUAUCGCGACGCAAGACCUCCUCGGCCGAUCGUCUGACGCAUAUAUUUAGGUCAAUGCUGGCGCCCUGCCUGCUGCUGAACACGGUUGUUGUGAGACGCAUCCUUCUGACCUAAACGGCGAGCGGCGAGCAAUGAGCGGAAGUUGGCGACAAAGAAGUCCUAUUUAAGCUAUUUCAGUGUUAGACCUAAACAAACCAGACACAGAGUUAAUAACUAAAUAACCCGAGUCUAGGAUAAUUGCUAAGCUAAGCACUGGAGUGUAAAAAUCAACGUAAUCCAAUCACAGUCGCAUAUGUGUGUAGCGUAUGUAUGCCUGGCAUCCACUCGUACAUCCAGACGUUUAGAUAAGACCUAGUUUAGUUAUAAAUCACUUCCCAUUGAUUGUGUACAGUCUGUUUGAGGUUGAAGAUUGGAGGUUGGAGACAAAUAUGUGAACUGUUUCUUUAUUUGGUAAUGCGUUGAAUUAAGUCUAAGUUUUAGUUUAAGUUUAAGCUUAAGUUUGGGUUUGCCUUUAUAACACGUGUAAGUGCAAUGAAUAUCAAACAUGUAUCCUUUUUUGAGCCAGUUGAAUGCUUUGCGUCCCCGAAAAUGGCCUUUUGCAUAAGUAGCCAAUCAAAGUCCAUUAAACGAGUUCUUUAACGAAUGCAACAUUCAUUAAAAAGCCGUUAUAACUGUUAUUAGUUGCUAAUUGAAAACUCAUAGUAUAAAGGACAUCCGCUGCAUAAGCGCAAGAAGAGCCCAGGGCAAGCAGCACGAAUUAUACUCCCUGACGAGAGUAAGAGGACGAAAUCAACCCAUUUUAAUUAAUUGUGUUAUUAAGUUUGUAAAUACAUUUUACUGCAAACGGCAGCGCAAGCAUACGUGCACACAAGGACAAACGCCGCAUGCAGCAAAAAUAUAGUAAUUCAAAUUUUGUAAAUAAAAAGGAAAUCAUUCAGCUACAACUACAACACCAGCAACCAAAAGACACACAACCGACUGAAAAUGCGCAAUAUUAUUAAUCGGGAUGAGAGGUUGCGGGCUUCGAGCAUGCGGAUGCUUUAUGGACUUUCAACCUGUCAAAAUCAUUCAGUAAUUAAUUUGGAACACUCGGCGGAUGUGAGUGCCGGACCAGCACGGCCGAGUGGGUUUUACUGACCACCCCAUGUGCUUUACUGACGGCACUUCACUUGGCCAGCAAAGGACCCUUGUGCUCUGAAAGGAGUCUAAAUCAACGAAAUCCUUAAAGCCUCCGCAUGUCGAGCUCCCAUUCGUUUCUUCGUCAUUCCUGGCAGGGCAUGGCAGGGCGGGGAAGGAAGAAAGUUGAAAUUUCAACACCUUCUUUUCGCAUUCCUCUGCAAAUCGCAUUUCUUUCGUGCCUGUGCCAGCGGCUGCAACACCUCAAUCAAGAAAAAGCAUCUACGUAAUGAAUUAUGUACAACUUUUCGACUGUUUACGGAACUCGACUCCACGGUUGACUCCCCGGGAGCUGGCCCGGGUGGUCGGCACAUACGAUAGAAUACAAUACAAUAUAGGAGAUCACCUCCGCCUCUUAUGGAUGGUCAGAUUUAAGCCAACAUUCGUUCAUAAUCGGUACGUAAUUUACAAGCAACAAACUGUUAAACAAUACCACUUGAAGUUUGAAUAGAUUCCUUAGUGUAAACCGGAAAUAAAACCAAAAAUUAAGUAAAUGUAGUUUACUGAUUGUGAAACGUAAUAAGAAUAUUGAAAAUAUCAAAAUACUAACUGUGGAUUCGUCUCCUUGAUGUGUUGUAUGUGUAUGCGAAUGCCCCAGGUCCUUUGGAAUAAGUAAUUAAUUGGAUUGAAUUAAAUGCAAUGUUCUGAGCAUUUAGUUGGUUCUCACUGUUAAGCAUUUCCACUGUAAAUAUUUUGUAUUACCAUAUUACCAUAUGUAUAUCGAACGGCCGGUAAUGGCCGUUUGUUAAUUAUGAAGUCACAUAUGACAAAUGAAAUCUUAUAAUAGGUAUUGUACUCUCUGUAUGGACGAAGGCCAUAGCGAAACCUAACGAAAAAUCGAUUUAAAAUGAUUAAAAUGUUUUCAAUGUAAAUGCUCGUGCGCAUUAUUGUACAAUUUCAACUUGCAAACAUUUGACGAAUAUGAAUUUAAUAAUAGUAAAAUUACCAGUAAACCAAAUAAAACAUUGUGCUUACACACACACCCACUCACACCCGGAAAGGGGGAAUAAAGGCGACAGGAGACACAACCAAACCAGCAAAGUAUGGAAACCAAUACGAAUGCAUUCGAAUAAAUCAAGUGAUUAUCAUGGAAAAUAAAUGUAAUUUAAACAAUAA